CUCAUUCGUCUGCUCAAGAAAGGUAUGCUACUUAUAUACUCCGGUAUGAUUAUUAACCAACUAACUUCCACAACAAACCUGCUCACAACUCCCAGUUCCAUUUCCGACAGCGUGUUCACCGGUGUCAUCGUCUCUGACUCUCUGCUCGCGGCGGUAACAAUUAGGCGAAGCGAUGGAACAACUUCCGGUCCAGCCUGUAGUUGCUGUGCUAAUCUCGAUGGUGAUUGCCGCCGGAGCUUAUAUAAGAAAAUCUCUCGACUUCUCCGGUGCUCUCGCCGGGUUCCUUGUCAUGUCCAUUCACAUAGCCGUCAAUUAUAGGUUUGGAGCGAUGCUGCUUGUGUUCUUCUUUACGUCAUCAAAGUUCACCAAAUUUGGAGAGGAGAGAAAGCGAAAACUCGAUGCUGAAUUUAAGGAGGGAGGUCAACGCAAUUGGUACUGUAUCUAAUUUCGCUCUCGCUCUGUCUCUCUCGCGUUUGGGUUACAUGCACAUGAGUUCUACUUAAGCAAUGAUGAGUCAUGAGUUCAGAGUGCUAGUCAGCUGUGAGCCUUCCAGCCAGGACAUUAAAGUUGUUCGUAUGUUCUGGUGAUUAGGUUCAUCUAUGAUCACCCACAACUGUUUAAUUUUACAGGAUUCAAGUUCUGUUCAAUAGUGGCAUUGCAACAGUCAUGGUCUUGAUUGCUUGGAAGUUGAUUGGCACGCAUGACAUGUGUCUUGACUCGAAACAAUCACAAGUCAUCACGUCUUUAAUAGGUGGUAUCAUUGGUCAUUACUGCUGCUGCAAUGGGGACACUUGGUCUUCAGAGCUUGGGAUUCUUAGUAAUGAGCAACCUCGUCUAAUUACAACAUUCAAGCGGGUGAAGAGGGGCACAAAUGGUGGAGUGACAAGAGCAGGACUUUUAGCCGCAGCAGCGGCGGGUGGUGUAAUUGGGUUAACAUUUGUGCUCCUAGGAUUUUUAACAACCAAGUGCACCUACAGUGUGGCUCUGAAGCAGCUAUUAGUAAUACCACUUUCUGCUGUGGCUGGGGUCUGUGGAAGUCUUAUAGAUUCUUUACUGGGAGCCACGUUGCAAUUCAGUGGAUUCUGCUCUGUUCGCAAUAAGGUUGUUGGCAAACCAGGACCAACUGUGAAGAAAAUAUCCGGUCUUAGGGUUCUCGACAACAAUGCUGUCAACCUUGUCUCUAUACUCCUGACAGCUGCGCUGGUUUCAGUUGCCUGUUCAUUCAUAUUCUGAAAUUCUCAAUGUUGGGGCGAUUUUCAUUUCCUUUUUGCUAAACUUUAAGACUCUCUGAGAGAGUUGUCAUUGGUAGAGUUUGUAAAGAUCCAAGUCAAGCCGUCUUACACACAAAAUUCUUUCUACUAAAAUCUUUCACCUAGC